CUGUCCAAGUACCAGGACCCAGCGUGCUUCACGUACAACCUGAACCACGUGGUGCUGCUGGUGGGGUACCGCCUGGUGGGGAAGGACCCGCGCUUCCCCCACAUGGCGCCACCUUACUGGAUCAUCCGCAACUCGUGGGGGCCUGACUGGGGCGAUGGGGGCCACAUGCGCAUGGACAUCCAGGGGGGGGAUGGCGUGUGCGGUAUCAACACGCUGCCGGGAAUUUACCCAAUUGUCAGAGCGGUGUCGGACCCAUGCAACACAGCAGCGAGGAGCGACGCGUCAGGGUCGCUCUUCAACCCGUGUGGAAACUUCGCCUGUGUGGUGGACGGCAGCACCAACCGCUGCAACUGCACCGACCCCCGGUUCAUCGAAGCUACCAACGCUGAUGGCUCCCGCACCUGCGCCUAUGUGGACAUGUGUGGGGCGUUGGCCCGCAACCCGUGUGCGGUGGGCACGUGUGUGAAUGACGGGGGGGGGUCGUACUCGUGUGUGUGUCCACCAGGCUUCAGGCAGGGCACCACCGUCGAUGGCACCUUCUCCUGUGCUCCAGGAGACACGCGCUCACAGUACACGGUCCUGGCGCCCAACAUCUUCUGCUCAGACAUCUAUCCCGUCUACGGCCUCACCCGUAACGACUUCACCAAGCUCAAUCCCACUGUGAGCUGUAUCGAGCCCUUGCCCAUAGGCCAGGUGCUCAAUGUCGUGUCCAAGUCCGGACUCGCCCCCUGCUCCGUCUACUACACCACUGGCCCGUACUUCAACCUCAACAACUGCCGGGACACAUUCUCCUGCGCUACGGAAUUCCAGAGCCUCAACCCGGGGCUCAGCUGCUCCAACGGCGGCUCCGUGCAGCCGAACCAGGCGGUGUGUGUGGAACGGCGGGCAGGGGCGGCGGGGAAGGCGGGGCAGGUGAUACCGGUGUGCUCGCAGUACUACCUGGUGCAGACCGCCGAGACGUGCGAUGCCAUCCGCAGCGUGCCCUCCCCGCCGCUCUCGCCGCUCGACUUCUUCCGCCUCAACCCCGGCAUCAAGUGCAACCGCCUUGUGCCGGACGCUGCUGGCCUCGACCUGCACACGGGCUUUGAGGUGUCGGGUGAGUACACGGUGGGGAUCUGCCCAAAGAGCAAGGGGCUCACAGCAAGUGGGAGUGAGCGCUGCAGCUUCAUCCAGAUCAAAUACUUCAGAGGCAUUCGGGGAUGCUACAAGCGCAUCAAUGGAUACGAGUGCGUCGAUAAAAUACCCGCAGGCGCCAAAAUCUGCCUGCCAGACCAAACCAGGAUUCGCCAAGGAGUCUGCACAGUCUAG